CUCCUCAGACUGACGAUGGCUGAAGCCCAGCUGUUUGUAUCACGGGACGAGUUCACCUGCUCGGUGUGUCUGGACACCCUUACUGACCCCGUGUCACUGCAUUGUGGUCACAAUUUCUGUCUGAAGUGCCUCUCAAACUACUGGGAUCAGAGCCAAGUGUGCAGCUGUCCUCAGUGCAGACACACCUUCAUGCUGAGGCCUGAGCUGAACAGAAACAUUCUGCUGAAUGAAGUCAUCAAGAAAUUAAAGAAAACGACUCUCAGUCCUCCUCCUCCUCAGAAUUAUGCCGGCCCUGGAGACGUGGAGUGUGACUUCUGUACUGGUAAGAAGUUCAGAGCGGUGAAGUCCUGUCUCACCUGCCCGGCCUCCUACUGUCAGACUCACCUGCAGCCUCACUAUGAAGGAGACGCCCUGAAGCACCACAAGCUGGUUGAACCUGAUAGAAAUCUGAAGGAGAAACUCUGUGAGAAACAUCAGAAAAGUCUGGAGAUAUUCUGUAAAACUGAUGAUUCCUGUAUCUGCAUGAUGUGUGUGGUGACUGGACAUAAAAAUCAUGAAAUGGUCGAGCUGGAGACAGAAAGAGAAGAAAAGCAGGUUGUGUUAAUAUAUUGUGGUGUGCAGGCAGCUUGUGAUGCUCUGUAUGGGGGCAGAAAGGGCGGAAAGCUGUAAGUGAUGGGACUGGCUGAGGGGCUUCUGUUCUGUGAGGGGCGGACAGGAGAAGUGAGGAGAGAAGUGAAGGUGUGGAGCAGGGAGUCAGGAGACAAUAAGCAGGAGUGUUUGUGGUAUCAAAAAGACA